CGGGGAGGCAGAAGCCCUGCAAAGAGCCAGGUUUCUGCAGGUGGGUGGUUUGUUUUCAUUCUAGCGCUUUGGCUGAUUAAGGGCGGGACUCUGAGCUGAGAGGCUUGGCUAAAAGGCCAGAGCAGUGCACCUGCAGGAGCACAUCACAAGACUGGCUCCCAGUGUGCUGGGAGGGCUUGGGUUAUCGGCAACCUGACUGCUUUGCAGCUGAGCGUCUCCUUGGUGCGCGAAGUCAGUGGUGGCAAGACAGACACGCUGGUCAACAUGAGCAUGGCAGGCAAAGUUAUUAAAUGCAAAGCAGCAGUAAUGUGGGAAGCCAAUAAACCCUUUUCUAUUGAGGAAGUGGAAGUUGCCCCACCAAAAGCACAUGAAGUUCGCAUAAAGAUUGUGGCCACAGGGAUCUGUCGCUCUGAUGACCAUGUGAUAACUGGUGGACUGGUUAUGCCUUUUCCAAUAAUUCUUGGGCAUGAAGCAGCUGGUGUUGUGGAGAGUGUUGGGCAGGGAGUAACUUCAAUCAAACCAGGAGACAAAGUUAUUCCACUCUUUCUUCCACAGUGUGGGGAGUGCAACACCUGCUUAAGCACCAAAAGUAAUCUGUGCAGUAAAAAUGACACUGGUUCAAAUGUUGGAUUAAUGCCUGAUGGCACCACUAGAUUCACCUGUAAAGGAAAAGCAAUUCACCAUUUUUUUGGUACAAGUACCUUCACUGAAUACACAGUAGUGCAUGAAACUGCUGUAGCCAAAAUUGAUUCUGCUGCCCCUCUGGAAAAAGUUUGUCUAAUGGGCUGUGGAUUUUCAACUGGUUAUGGGGCUGCUCUGCAAACUGCCAAGGUGGAACCAGGCUCCACCUGUGCCAUCUUUGGCCUGGGAGGAGUUGGCCUCUCUGUUGUCAUGGGCUGCAAGGCAGCUGGAGCUUCACGCAUCAUUGCUAUUGAUAUCAACAGCAACAAGUUUGCCACGGCCAAAGAGCUGGGAGCCACAGAUUGUGUCAACCCUAAAGAUUUUGAGAAGCCUAUUCACGAAGUGUUGAUUGAAAUGACCGGCCAUGGCGUAGACUACUCCUUUGAGGUCAUCGGUUGUACUGAAACCAUGACUGCAGCCUUGGCCUGUUGCCAGCACAAUUACGGUGUCUGUGUGAUUGUGGGAGUGCCACCUGCAGCACAAAAGAUCACUUUUGACCCCAUGCUCCUCUUCACUGGUCGCACCUGGAAAGGGUCCAUCUUUGGAGGCUGGAAGAGUAAAGAUUCAGUCCCUAAACUGGUUGCUGACUACAUGAAGAAAAAAAUUGUUUUGGAUCCAUUAAUAACACACACACUUCCUUUCACUAAAAUCAAUGAAGGAUUUGAUCUGUUAAGGACAGGGAAGAGUAUUCGCAGUGUCCUGGUGUUUUAGGACUCUCAACUGAUAAGCAGCAGAUGGCUCAGCACCAGUACAAAAUUCAUUAUCCUCUGAUACAACUGGUAUGAAAAACAAAGACAUUUCUGAAAGGUCUACCACCAUCAAGCUCAAACCCUAGACUUCAAGCACAGCAUUUAUAAAUGAAAUAAUCUUUUUCCUCCUACCUCUUCCUCCUGAUUCUUGCUUUAAAUCCUCUGUACUGUGCUGCAAUUCUCUUUUAAUAGUCAGGACUUGGUGCUGUCACAGGUGUUAUAAAAGGUUUGGAUUUUUAAAGAUGUCUUUCAAUAUGGAAUAUUUUAAUAAAAGAAAACUGAAGAAAA